AUGGCUGAAAUUGUGGAACCAGAACAUGCAGAUGAUGAAAUUGUCAUCCAAAUGGCCCCUUGGGGUGAAUUUUUUGUCUGGGUAGCCAGGCAUGUGGAGCGGCUUCGCCGAGAACACCGAAUCGUUGGCCACCUUUCCGUCUCGCCCUCUGCCACCUCAGGACCGUCGUCGUCGGUGGCAACGAAGGCUUCCUCCGCAUUCACUGUUCGUCUGCCGCUGCGCCUGAGCCUUGAAGAGACCGCUCUCCUCCUUUUCCGCCGCAUCGUCGUCGCUAUCGACUCCGUCCGUCCUGUGUGCUCCCUCAAUCCACCCUCGCCUCGCACCCUAGCUCGAUUCGACUCCGCUCUCGCCCUCCACUAUGCCGAGUCGAUGGAGAUUCACAAGCAACGGAGACGCCAACGAAUGCUCAGCUACUACGGUGAGAUUCUCAAGGGCAGAAAAAAGCGAAAGGCACGAGAAGCUGCCAAGGCUGGCAGCAGCUGUUCCACCGAUGUUGGUGGUAGCGAUCAAAAAGUCCUUUACGAUGAAAAUGGAGUGAGACUGUCGAAGAAGCGCCUUAAAAAACUACAGCGUCGAAAGCGCCGGAAAGUUGCCUCAGUGAUGGAAUCAGCAUCGGAAUACCCGGAGGAGGGUUGCCUUGAUGAGCAGGCAGAAGUUAAGGAGCAGGAAGACGAGAUCAAUGAACCCCUGCCGACUCUUGAAGAGUUGAUGGGGACCACAUCUACUGAUGAUGAGAAGAUGACUAAGUACAUUCCCCUCCAUCGACCCCGACCGACACCUCAGGAGUGGAGACGUGAUGGUGAACACACGACUCUCCCCGUUCCCGAUGCGGCUCGUGACAGCGUUGAGAAAGUGGCACUGUGGCUCCUUGAGAUUUCAUCGAAAUCGCAGUUGGAUAGGAAUAAGGACGUUAUCGUCAGGUGCAGAGUUUUUGAUGAUCUCUGGUCGAGAGGCUUCUACAUCACCUGUUCAGCUUCGAAGAUGGGUGGUGAUUUUCUCGUAUAUCAAGGUGACCCGCUCUUUUAUCACGCGAGCCACAUAGUCAUGGUAAAUCCGCCCCAGGCACCGAUCUUCCUCAGUCGCCUCUCCGCCUCUCUGCGAAUCGCCAACAGCGUUCGCAAGGCCCUCGUUCUUGCCACCACGGCCGCGGACGAUGACCAUGGCGUUGCCUACACUUCGCUCUACUGGAUGGGCUUCCACGCUCCGUCUGGCUUGCUGCAUGUGAAUGCUACUGAACAGAUCUUUCAACCAAUGGACUUUGGAGAAACCGAUUUAACGGGUUAUGGAGGAGUCUUCGAUGAAGAUAGCGACAUCUACCUUAAUAACCGCUACCACUAUGAUGACGAGAUGUACGAGGGCGGCUUUGAUUACUAUGAGAUGCAGGACGUUGACAAGGGCUUUGCCGCCUUCUGCGGCAGCAUAGUGAGGCAGGUUUGGCCAAACAUUUGGAUCAGUCUUGUCGCCUGUCUGGUGUGGAGGGGCUGUCAAGGUCUCUUCCGCCUCCUCUUGUCUUCCACUACGACUCCUAAUUAUCGUGAGCGUCUUUUCUUUAAAAGCGUCCUCUCCGGCACUUUUCUUGGUCAAUCUCCCUCAUCGGUCAUCACGAAGCGAUCGGUGCUGAAAGGCAAACACUUGCGUACCACCUGA